GCUGCUUUUCCUCGUCCCAGCAACUCUCAUCGCAGCGCCACAUCUUCUUCUGCUCCCUGGUGUCUGCCUCCAAUCUUACUGUUCAGGACGCAGACAGGGUCUUCAGAGAAUUGGAGAGUUUGACUGUCCAUUCCAGCCUCUGAUUGAAGACCGGGCUCGCUCGGGUUUUCUGCUGUUCUUUUCGAAGCAGUCAGCUCUGAUUGAAGACCGGGCUCGCUCGGGUUUUCUGCUGUUCUUUUCGAAGCAGUCAGCCGAAGGCAGAGGCGAGGAUGGGCCAGUUCAAGAAGGAGAAGAGCCGUCGGGUCCGCGAUGGCAAGGACUCGGGCGGUGCAACGUUCAAGAUCAAGGGCGAAAACUUCUACCGAGACGCAAAGCGUGUCAAGCAGCUCAACGUCUUCAAGGAGGGCAAGGCACAGCGGAACGCCAAGGGCGAGAUCACAAAAGCCGCCAGCUACCAGAGUCGCGACAUCCCAACCGCCCGAGUCGAGCCAAACAGGAAAUGGUUCUCCAACAGCAGGGUCAUCAGCCAGGAGUCCCUGAGCGCCUUCCGAGACGCCAUCGCACAGAAGGAGAAGGACCCUUAUACCGUCCUGCUCAAGAGCAACAAGCUGCCCUUGAGCUUGAUCCGGGAUGGCGGGGACAACAGGGUCGACGGCGUCAAGCAGCACCAGGCAAAGAUGACCGUGGAGACAUCCCCCUUUGCGGAAGUGUUCGGCGCCAAGUCAUCCCGCAAGCGCGUGAAGCUGAGCGUCAGCAACAUUGAGGAGCUUGCUGGUGAUUCAGUCAAGAGCCUGGAGACCUACAACGAAAAGCUGGAGCAGGCCAGGCUCCUGAGUGGCGAGCUGGGGGCCGAGCAGGCUGAGGCCGGCGAUCUUCGCCGAGACCGACAAGCUGACGGCGUCCUGACGACGGCGAUCGAGCCCAUCUUCGACAAGGGCCAGUCCAAACGCAUCUGGAACGAGCUUUACAAGGUCAUUGAUUCCUCCGAUGUUAUCCUCCAUGUGCUUGACGCCCGUGACCCGCUCGGAACACGUUGUCGAUCUGUCGAGAGGUAUCUCAAGGAGGAGGCUCCACACAAGCAUCUUGUGUUCGUGCUAAAUAAGUGUGAUCUAGUCCCCACCAAGGUUGCUGCACAAUGGGUCCGAGUCCUCCAGAAAGACUACCCCACGGCCGCUUUCAGGGCAAGCAUCAAAAACCCUUUCGGGAAAGGCAGCAUCAUAACCCUGCUUCGUCAGUUCUCGAAGCUUCACUCCGAUAGAAAGCAAAUAUCUGUUGGGCUCGUGGGGUAUCCCAACACCGGGAAAUCUUCGAUUAUCAAUACCCUCACGGGAAAAAAGGCUUCUACCGUGGCACCUAUACCUGGUGAGACCAAGGUUUGGCAGUACGUCACGCUAAUGAAGCGAAUCUACCUGAUUGAUUGCCCCGGAAUAGUUCCCCAACAACACGACGAUGCCCCGGAGGAAUUGCUCCUUAGAGGCGUGGUCAGGGUCGAGAAAGUGGAGGAGCCUUCCAAUUACAUACCAGCUGUGCUCAAACGUGUCAAGCCACGGCACCUGGCGCAGACAUACGACCUGAGUGACUGGAACGAUGACCAUAUCGUGUUCUUGGAGCUACUCGCCAGGAAAGGAGGGCGACUGCUGAAAGGUGGCGAGCCUGACAUUGAUGGUGUCGCCAAGAUGGUGCUCAACGAUUUCAUGCGUGGACGGAUACCCUGGUUUGUACCACCACCAGUCGCAGGAGAUGGCAAGGAGGGUGGCAAGGAGGGUGGCACAGCCGAGGGCGAGCACAAGGCGCCGGAGAACGCUUCCAAGAAGCGCAAGAGGGACUCGGAAGCUGCUGAAGAGAAGGCUGCGGAAGAGGAUACCGCCCCGGGGGACGAUGACGAGGCGGAGUUCGAUGGGUUCAGCAACGCCAGCGAGCCCGAGAUCUCCGACGACUCGGACUCGGAGGUCCCGGGUGAGGAUGACGGCGAGGAUGAUGCCAGCGACGAUGAUGCCGCCCCAGAGCCUGAGGAUGCUGAGGAUGGUGGCGCCGCUGUUGAAGACGAGGACGAGGAAGAAGAGCCAGAGCCAGAACCUGAGCCAGUGCCUGCGCCAGUGAAGGCAUCCAAGAAGGUGGCGCCCAAGAAGGCCCCGCCCAAGAAGGUGGUUCCAAAGGAGGCGGCACCCAAGAAGGCGGCACCCAAGAAGGCGGCACCAAAGGAGGAGGCGGCGCCCAAGGAAGUGGCACAGAAGAAAGCAGCGCCCAAAAAGGCGGCCGAGCCACCGACGCCAACGAGACGGUCAUCGCGGCGUACCAAGAAGCCUGAUAGCUUCCAAUGAGCGGGCGCACAAGGAGUCCUUUUCUUUUUUCUUCUGACGACGAUAAUUCACAAGAUACCCCGAGCGCCCCUGGGCGCCAGAUGCUCUGUCCACUAUCUAUCAUAUACCCGUGAUCGUUUCUUGGUGCUAGACUGGGUACAUGUUUCUCUUGUGGUGUGUGUUGACGCUGUGCGGCGUGUUAGCCCUGCAGGGCUAUAGAAAACCAUGCAGGCCACCCAGCCUGGCCAAAGAGACGACAUGCCAUUACACUGUCGCCUAAGCUAUGAAUAAUUCUCAUCUCGACCAAGGACUCACAGAGGUGCAGUAUCAGCCAUGGACUUGGCCAGCAAUGAUGCCCAAUACAUGGCCUCUCUACACCUCACUUCUUCAAAUCCAACCGUUUCCACCUACUACCCGCGGCGAAGAUGACUGCAGCUCCGGCGUAGGCUACGACCACGGCAAAUGUGGCCCGCAGGGCGUACAGAUAUGCCUGCACGAUACCUGGCACGGAAUCGGCGGGGAAGACACUGCGGAUGUCGGUCGCGCCCGUGUUGAUGACCGUGAUGGGGUCAACGGCGGGUGCGAGGACAGCAAGCUGUUUCAGAAGCAGGUUGCUGAAGACUGACUGUCCGGUUCCCAGAGAGGUCGACGUGCCGACACAGAAGGAGACUGGCCGCGCAGUGAGCAUGCCAGCGGGAGACAACCUCUUCGUGCGAACACACAGGCAGGGGCCAGACGAAAAGCAGACUUACACAAAAGCAUGGCUGUUCUUGGAGGGAGGUCCUCGGGCUCGGCAUCCGCCUGGCCUGCGAUGAUGCCCAGAGGCAGCCCGCUCCCCAUGGCAAGCCCGGCCAGAACCUGAUAGCCUAUCCAAUGUGCCGGGGGCGAUGUCUCGCCGAGCGUGCAGAUCAGGCCUGCUCCAAUACAACCCCCGCCACUGGCCCAUACCAUGAACGGGGUGUAGUAGCCAAACCUCGACACCAGGAAGCCAGACGAGGCCGAGCCCACGGCGCAGCUGAUGAGCAGGGGGAGGUUGCGCAGGCCCGCCUCGCCCGGGGUGACGCCGGCAACCACCUGGAAGUAGAUGGGGACGUAGUAGAGCAGGAGGCAGAAGGCGCCCUCGUGGAAGAAGCCAAACCCCAUGCUCACCCAGACACCCCGCUGCCUCACGAGGCGCGGCGCGAGGAGCGCACGGUCGCCCUGCAGAUGCUGCGAGGCCACAAGGGCGAGGACAGCGGCGCCCGAGCCCGCGAGGAGCCCGACGACCUCGCCCGAGCCCCAGGCCCGCCGGACCCCGGCGACCUCGGCCGCGCGCGUGAAGCACACCAGCGCGGCGAGCACGAGCGCGACGCCCGCGGGGUCCAUGUGCGAGACCUUCUCCCGCAGGGGCGCCUUGGCCCGCGGGCCAGGCGCGGGCGGCCGGAACAGCAGACAGAUCACGGCGGCGGAGGCGGCCGCGAUCGGCAGGCUCACGUAGAAGCACCAGCGCCAUGUCGCCCUCUGCGUCAGCGCGCCGCCGAGGAUGGGCCCCGCGACGCUCGCGAGGCUGUACACCGUGUUGAUGAGUCCUGUGAAGAUGGGCCGCAGCCCCGGCCGGACCGUCACGCCUAGGAUUGCAUAGCCGCCUGCUGCUAUGCCUGCUGCGGAUGCGCCGAGGAUCGCGCGGGAGAGGAUCAGGACUGUGCUGUUUGGGGCGAGGCCUGUGGUGGAUGUUUUUAGGGAUCUCUUUUUCUGUGAUCAUGUGUACAUACAUGUGUAUGUUGGCCUGUCUUUGGGAUUGCUUACCGCCUAAUAAUGCUCCCACGCCGAAGAUGAAGACAACUAGGAGGAAGGUGUAUUUGAUGGAGAAGAAAGGGUAUACUUUGCCCCUGUGGAUCCCAAGUUGGUAUAUUGAUGAGCCGUUAGCCAACGCUUGCCUAGCCCACGUGUAUAAAGGCUGGGGGAGAGACCACGCCGUACCAGAAUGGCUGUGUGCAAGCCAGAGAAAUAAAGAAAGCUGAUGAGUACCAGCCGAUAAGGUUGACACCGGGGAAAUCCUCGGUGAUCUUGGGUAUAGCGGUGGCGAUGAUUGUCUAAAGAAGUCAGGAAUUACUUCAUAAACGCGCACUCUAUCCUGUAAAACCCUCAGUUGGGAAUUUUGAGGGAAAUAUACCAUAUCCAAGCCGACCUAGGAUGUCGUGGUUAGUGUUUCCAGUCGGAGCACUUGAGCCGGCCUCGGAACUGGCUGCGGGCUUACCAGAAAGAGCCCAAGAGCCACCCCGACAGAUACACAAGAGGUCCGAAAGACAUUGGGAUACUCGAUAGGUCCUUGGUUACUCGCUUCCGAGGUCACCUUUGUCACUUUAUCUUCGCCGUUGUGCGGCUGGACGGAGCUGUCCACGCCCUCCUCAAGUUCCAUUGGUGGCGCUGGCAAUCCCGGAGCGAUCUGCGGGGAGCACUUUUGCAGCAGACCUGGUUUCUCUGACCGGCGUUACUCAGACUCGAUUUACGCGAGAAAUUAAAUCGUGGAUUAUGUUGGCAUAUACGGAGGCAAUUCGGUAAGACAUUCAUGG